AUGAAGUUUUUUCGCAUUGUCGAGCACAUCGUCAACGGCGCCCACACGCGCGAGUAUGCCACGGCUACGGUCAACGGCGAUGCUGACGCUGGAAAGAUCAAACUAGCUGUCAAGCAAUACAUCCCCUUAGACAACCCCAACCCGCAACUCGGAGAUGAAUUGUAUGAGCCUCUUUGGGAUGACCUGCAUCAGCGGCUUGCCAACAGUGGUGUGCGCAUCCGCUCCAUCUGGAUCGCGGACAUGUGGAAUCAGGGUCAGUCGGGCGUCUUAAAUGAGAAGCUUCUUGGAAAUGAUCCGAGCUGGUGGGAUAAUACCCGGGAUAUUCUGGCCUUGAUAACUCAGAAAAGCGAUCAAAUGCCUCACCCCUUGGUGGGAGUUGGUCAUAGCAUGGGCGGCGCCCAACUCACUCUCCUCGCUCUUUCCAACCCUCGUUUGUUCCACUCAUUAAUCCUCAUCGACCCCAUUAUGCAACCACUCUGGUCCAACUCAGGUAUCAUGCCUGCCAUCGCCUCGACCAUGCGACGCGACCUUUGGGAGUCUCGUGAAUCUGCCAAGGCCAAGUUCCUGCAGUCUAAAUUCUACCAAGCUUGGGAUCCUCGCGUCUUUGAUCUUUGGGUGAAGUACGGUCUGCGCGAGAUACCCACAGAACUGUACCCAGCUGGUUCGGCGCCCGCGGGCAGUGUAACACUUACGACAACCAAGCACCAAGAACUGUUCGUCUUCCUUCGCCCUACGUUCCGCAAGACGAACGGCAAGAUCAUUGAUCGUGAUCCGGAAACCGAUAAGGCCCCGCCGAAGGGGUAUCCUUUCUACCGGCCCGAGCCUGUUUAUGCAUUCAAGAAGCUCCCGGAGGUUAGGCCUAGUGUGCUGUAUAUUUUUGGUGGGAAGUCGGACGCAUCGACUCCAGAUCAAAGAAAACUCAAGUUGGAAAGGACAGGGUCUGGUUUGGGAGGAAGUGGGGGUGCUAAGGAAGGAAGGGUAAAAGAGGUAGUUCUAGAUUGCGGGCAUCUGGUGGCCAUGGAGAAGGUUGGAGAGACAGCGGAUGCAAUCAGCGGGUGGUUGAAGCAGGAAAUUCAGAGGUGGAGGAACGAGCAAGACGACUUGCAGCAGAGGUGGGUUAAGGUUGACAGAAGGGAAAAAAUGAUCAUCGACGAGGAGUGGAAGAGGGAAGUCACGCCAGAGGUUCUGAGGAAAAAGAAUCCCAAACUUUAA